CUAAGUCAUCCUCCUAAUAACUUUCCUUUUUCCCAAUACACAAAACCACACCAUGAAUGUCCUUCUCUCCCUUUUCCUUCACAUUCUUUCAUUCUCUCUUACCGUUUCCGGUCGGCCGGCAACUUUCUUGCAAGAUUUUCGUGUCACAUGGGCUGAGUCCCAUACUCGGCAAAUCGAUGGCGGCAGGGCCAUCCAACUCAUUCUAGACCAAAAUUCAGGAUGUGGGUUUGCUUCCAAAAGCAAGUACCUGUUUGGUCGUGUCAGCAUGAAGAUUAAGCUCAUCCCCGGCGACUCUGCCGGAACUGUAACUGCUUUCUAUUUGAAUUCAGACACAAAUACAGUAAGAGACGAGCUGGAUUUCGAAUUCCUGGGAAAUCGAAGUGGGCAGCCUUAUACUGUCCAAACAAAUAUCUAUGCUCAUGGGAAAGGUGACAGAGAACAGAGGGUUAACCUGUGGUUUGAUCCUGCUGCCGCUUUUCACACUUAUUCCAUUCUUUGGAACCACCACCAUAUUGUGUUUUAUGUUGAUGAAGUGCCUAUUAGAGUUUACAAGAACAAUGAGGCUAAGAACAUUCCAUUCCCAAAGUUCCAACCCAUGGGGGUGUUUUCCACACUAUGGGAAGCCGACAAUUGGGCCACCAGAGGUGGGUUGGAGAAGAUUGAUUGGAGCAAGGCGCCUUUCUAUGCUUACUACAAGGACUUCGACAUUGAAGGGUGUCCGGUGCCUGGACCAACAAACUGCGCUGCAAACCCAGGAAACUGGUGGGAAGGCAGUGGUUAUCAAGCCCUCAACGCCCUUGAAGCCAGGAGAUACAGGUGGGUCCGUAUAAACCACAUGAUCUACGACUACUGCACCGAUAAAUCGCGAUACCCAGUUCCCCCACCCGAGUGCUUUGCUGGGAUCUAACAUCAAUAGAAUGCUAAUGCUACUGGAGUUUGUUGGGUAUAGAAACAUCCAUGUCGACUAAUGUCAUAUCAUUUACGUACAUGUAUGUCCUUGUACACUACCUGUGUCAUAAAAAAAGACAAGGCUUCAGAGUCAUGCAAACUUGGGGGGUAUAAAGUGAAAUUAAGGAAAUUGUGAUAAGAAGAAUAUGAAACUUUUGAUUCCUUCACGGAGCAAGAGUAAUGAUGAAAAGCUUUUAUGUUGUCUGUAUUUGGUGCAAAUUCUUCUGUGCCAAAGAAAUAUGAUACUUUUUCAUUUUGUCAAGGGUGAAGCAUAUAUCUUCAUAAUGUGUUGAACCUAAAACUGGAAUUGGUUUUCUCUAUGGUUUGUUUUGGUGGAAGAAGUGGCAAAACGCUGGCAUUGAAAGCGUUUCCAAGAUUUUUUCUUA